GCGUUAAUGUACAGUAGAAUACGGCGUUGCAGUAUUCAGCAGGUUAUAAUGAUCUUUAAAAACCUUUUCACUAAAGAAAAACAAAAUCCUGCAGAAAUAAAUCGGUUUAGUGGACAGAAUUAGAGGGGAAGGGUUUAGAGCCAGGGUAGGAUUAAGGAAAAUUGUGUGAAAUAAAGAGCGAGUGAUCAGGAGUGACUGUGUGCUUGCGUGUGUGCUGGAGGGCGGGAGGAUAGAGCGCGCGGGUGAGAGAGAGAAUUGACUGAGAAGCAUAGAUUUUCAUCCAACCUAUAUCAUUUUUUCUAAUCAUCGACUGCACUGCUUAACGUUGAUUGUCUAGCAGGAAAAUAUUUUUCUACGCAGUUGAGGAACCGUUUCAGUUGACGAUUAUUGGUCCUCUUUGCUGUAAUUUAAGUGUUCUUGGAACGAAUUGAUCAUAUUUCUAUUUAUACUUGAACUGCAUCAUGAACAGUUUGUGGGCACCUCUCGAUCUCACACCUUUGGAAUGGUGGGGAUUACGCAGCCGACAAAUGGGGAGCAUGUAAACGCAGAUGGAGUUUGGGAUUUAUUGCAAAAUAAGGGAAAGAUGACUGUCUUCUCUUUGUGUCUCCUCUUGUUCGCAGAUCUGCUGGAUUUAGCCGUUGGAUAUCUGACAGUAACCAUUGAGCCCCUUCCUCCUGUUGUUGUGGGAGAGACUGUGACCCUGAAGUGCAACUUCAAGACUGAUGGAAGACUUCGAGAGAUUGUGUGGUACAGGGUCACAGACGGGGGCACCAUUAAGCAGAAAAUAUUCACCUACGAUGCUAUGUUUAAUACCAAUUACUCGCAUAUGGAGGACUAUCGCAAACGAGAAGACCUUGUGUACCAAUCUACGGUCCGGCUCCCGGAGGUUCGGAUCUCGGACAAUGGGCCUUAUGAGUGCCACGUGGGCAUCUACGACCGAGCAACGAGAGAAAAGGUGGUCUUGGCAUCGGGAAAUGUCUUUCUCACCGUUAUGUCUCCUCCAAACAACAUCUCAGUUACGGCAGAGAACUGUCCAGCUCCAUUCAGCCGGUACCAGGCCCAGAACUUCACUCUACUGUGCACUGCAAAGGGAGGCAAACCUGCCCCUUCGGUGUACUUUAAGCGAGAUGGAGAGUUGAUAGAGGUGAUUUCCUACAUCCACCCCUCAGCUGUUGCAGAGGACGGCGGUGGCUCAGCGGGGGUGCGUGGUGCCAGGCCGCUCAUCAGCAGGGACCUGGACGACACCAAGCUGCAGAGGUCCCUUUCCUUGUUGGAUCCAGAGGGGCGGCCAGGCCGCCUGUUCACCGAGAGCCCUCAGCGUGGUCGUAACACGGGCCAGCACACCCAGGGCCAGCAGCAGCAGCCCAGCCCUGCCACAGAGGUCAUUCCAGAGACUGUGGUGAGCCGGGAGUUCCCCCGUUGGGUGCAGAGCACUGACCCACUCUACUACUUCAGCCACACCCACAUCCCCCAGAGUGAUGGCUCUGUGCUGGUGCAGGCCAGACUCACCUGGACCCUUAACCCCCAGCUGGACAAUGAUGCCAUGUUCAGCUGUGAGGUCAAGCACCCAGCACUCUCCAUGCCCAUGCAGACAGAGGUCACACUAGCGGCUCCUAAGGGCCCCAAGCUUUUGAUGACCCCCACCAGGGCAAAGGUAGGGGACACGGUGCGCAUCACUGUGCAAGGAUUCCAGGUAGGCGCUGGGGUUCCUGGGAAUGAGGUGUUCCCUGAGCCCCUCUUCACCUGGACCCGGGUCGGGGGCCGUCUGCUGGACGGGAGUGCCGAGUGGGAUGGGAAGGAGCUGAUUUUGGAGAGAGUGCCAGCCGAACUCAACGGCUCCAUGUACCGCUGCACGGCCCAGAAUCCCCUGGGCUCCACGGACACGCACACUCGCCUCAUCGUCUUUGAAAAUCCGGCCAUGAUGAAAAACACUCAGAAUCCGAACAAUGGAACCCCUCGCGUGGAUGUGCUUGGACCUAUAUGGAUGGUGCUGGCCCUGGUCCUCACAGUGACUGUGGAACUGACGUGAAACCUUCCAGCCAACACACACAAUGCACACAUACACAAUACACACACACACACAAUACACACACACACACACACACACACACACACACACACAUCCCAAGCCCCUCCAACACACACCCACACCACACACACAGUCCUGCAAGCCUUUUCCAGUCAUCCAACAGGCCCUCCAUGCGUCAGUCUUUCAGGAACCAGUGCCACCACCCGAUGGCCCUCCACUCUGUUUUUGUAAUGAAAUAAUAACCAAGAUUAUAAUAUAAAGAAAACAACAUAACGUACUGAACAUGAGAAUAACCACCUCCAGUAUACCCCUUCCCCACACCUUCUUUUUUGUUUAUUGUCCCACCUCUGCCUGUUGAUCAAUAAAAAUCAGUUGCUAAAAAAGGGGGAAAAAGCAUUUGGGUUUGUUUUGAUAUGUUCAAACAUUGCAGGAGUUGACUGUGGAGACAUGAACCGACCGGUGUUGGCAGGCCCACCACAUUGACCCCGCCCAAUUGUCCCAUUCACUGGGCUGUGCUGUACCCAAUCUUUAAACUACAGAUGAACAACUGGAAACUAAAUACUCAAUGAGAACAUUGUUUUUUAUUGCUAAUCGGUUGUUGUUUUUUUUCGGAUGGCUUGGAAUGUGCAAUAGGACUAAACACAAAGAGAAAAUGGAUCAUCUUCUUUUUGAGUGUAUUUUGUGUACAUCCGCGUAAAUAUUGAAGAUAAUCAGAGGUUUUAUGGGUUCAGGUUAGGAAUGGUUGAUGAAGAGUUGUGAGGGUUUGCAGCAGCUCACAGCCUUCGUUUGUAUUUUCUCAUCCUUUCUUGCUGUUUCAAGAGAUAAUCCUAUAGGCUGUCAGGACAGAAUCGUCUUUAAAUGAGGAUAGAAAAAACAAUGCAAGUACAGUAUCUUACAUUAUGUCCGCCGUUCGGGGUUGUGGUGCAUGUGACGUUUGACAAUUCUUUCUCCUUUUCGUGUGUUGCAGUGCUCAACAUCUCAUUGUCACUGGCCUGUAAUCCAGUUAUUUACUUGUUGCAUACUAUCUUAAGUGACCUGCGUUGUGUACAAUAUGUAACUCUUCCCCCUGACAUCUACUAGUAGGGUCAUGUUAUCCACCAUUCCAGGAAGAUGCUCACCCGACGCAGAGUGUAAACAGGGUUGUUGCAUUUGUUUCAUAUCACCUGUAUUAAAAUGGAGAGAUUAUCAAAUCAUUUGGUUUGA